AUGUUCUUUCGUUUUUUCAAAAAAUUUUUAUUAUUUUUUUCUUUGGACAAUUUCUUUCUAGUUGUUGAUCAAUUGCAAUUUAGUAGAAUGACUUCAUCUGAUGAGAGUUCGGAUAUUUUAACUUUUAUGCCAUUAGGUUCUGGCCAAGAGGUUGGGCGUUCUUGCCAUUACAUGCAAUUCAAAGGCAAAAGGAUUAUGGGAAUGCAUGGUGUCGAUGCUCUUCCUUUUGUUGAUUUUAUUGACGUAGAAGAACUCGAUUUACUUUUAAUUACCCAUUUCCAUUUGGAUCAUUGUGGAGCUUUGCCUUGGCUUUUAGAAAAGACUGCUUUUCGUGGUCGUUGUUUUAUGACUCAUGCUACAAAAGCAAUUUAUAGAAUGAUGAUUGGUGAUUUUGUUAAGGUUACAAAAUAUGGAGGUGGAGGAACUGGAGAAACAAGGAUGCUUUACACAGAAGAGGAUUUGGAGAGAAGUAUGGACAAAAUUGAGAUGAUUGAUUUUCACGAACAAAAGGAAGUCAAUGGAAUUAAAUUUUGGUGUUAUGUUGCUGGACAUGUUCUAGGUGCCUGUAUGUUUAUGUUAGAAAUUGCUGGUGUACGUGUCCUCUAUACUGGUGAUUUUUCGAGAUUAGAGGAUAGACAUUUGUGUUCAGCAGAGGUGCCGAAUGUAUCGCCUGAUGUGUUAAUUUCUGAAUCCACUUAUGGGACACAAAUUCAUGAAAGUCGCGAUGAACGAGAAAGGCGAUUUACUUCAACUGUCCAUGAAAUUGUUGCAAGAGGUGGACGUUGUUUAAUUCCAGCUUUUGCUUUAGGACGAGCACAGGAAUUGCUUUUAAUUUUGGAUGAAUAUUGGGAACAACAUCCAGAACUGCAUGAUAUUCCUGUUUAUUAUGCCAGUUCCCUAGCAAAAAAGUGUAUGGCAGUUUAUCAAACGUUUGUUAGUGGAAUGAAUCAACGGAUACAGCGACAAAUUUCUAUCAAUAACCCUUUUGUGUUUAAACAUGGUAUUGAUCAUUUCGAUGAUGUUGGUCCGUGUGUUGUUUUGGCUAGCCCAGGAUUUUUACAAAAUGGGUUGAGUAGAGAACUCUUUGAAAGUUGGUGUACAGAUUCUAAAAAUGGUUGUAUAAUUGCUGGUUAUUGUGUGGAGGGAACACUUGCUAAGCAUAUUCUCUCAGAACCAGAAGAAAUUGUCGCUUUAAAUGGUCAAAGAUUACCUAUGAGAUUACAAGUUGCUUAUAUCAGCUUUUCUGCUCAUACAGAUUAUAUUCAAACAUCAGAAUUUAUAAGAGCUUUGCGUCCACCUAAUCUGAUUUUGGUGCAUGGAGAAAUGAAUGAAAUGAAUAGAUUAAAGGCAGCAAUACAAAGACAAUAUGAAGAUGAUACUGAUUUUCAAAUUGAGGUUUACAAUCCACGAAAUACAGAAUCAGUAAAUCUUUUCUUCCGAGGCCAAAAAACAGCAAAAGUUGUUGGAUCUUUAGCAAUGAAUAUACCAAAUGAUGGAAGUAUAAUGAGUGGAAUUCUUGUUCGUCGUAAUUUUAAUUAUCAUCUUUUACAUCCAAACGAUUUAAAUGCAUAUACCGAAUUAUCCAAUUCUCGACUUAGUCAACGUGAAAGUGUUUUUUAUGAUGGAAGUUUUUCUGUUUUAAUUUAUAAUCUUCGACAACUAUCUUCUGAUACUAUUGUUGAAGAAAUAAUUAAAAAAGAAAAUGAUGAUGAAGGUUGUGAAAAGAAAAGUUUAAAACAAGAAAAGAAAGGAGGAAGCAAUUCACAACAACAACAACCUUCACAUUUAGUGAAAAUGUUUAAGGGAGAAAUUUUAAUUUCCUUUUAUUCACCUCAACAUUUGGUUAUAAUUGAAUGGAUGUCAAAUCCAGUAAAUGAUAUGUUUGCAGAUGCUGUUCUUUCUGCUGUUUUACAUGCACAGACUAAUCCUAUACUUGAAAAACAUUUACCAAAAUGUGAAGAACAAGAUCAACAAGCACAACAAAAAAAUGUUGAAAAAGUUCUUUUGGGUGCAUUACACGAACUUUGUGGGCCUAAAAGUAAGGUGGAAUUAACAACAAUAUUAUCACAACAAAAAGAAACGGCUGAAGGAACUUCAAAUGAAACACAACAAAAUAAUUUAAAUUCAAUAAUAGAAUUACAAGUAGACGGGAAAUCAGCACAAAUAGACCCAAAAACAUUACAAAUAGCUAAUUGUUCAGAUCAAUUGCUUCAUCACCUUUUAACUUCUAUAACGCAAAAAAUGGCACAUACUGUUUUACCUAUUUAAAUAGAAAAAGUUUUUUUCGAUUUUUCAAUUAAUUUGUAAAAAUUGUUUUUUGUUGUUUAAAUAAAUUAUUUAUUUUAAUUUGAUUUAAGUUAAAGUUUUUAUCUACUUUUUAUUUAAUGAAGUAAAUUUAUUUUUAAAUUUUUUUUAAUGUUUUUAGUUAAAGAAUUAUCUCCAUACUAGGAAUUUUCAAAUUUUGGACUGACUCAGCGUUCUGAUCUCACAAUUUUUUACAAUAUUGAUACAAUUCGAUAGAGAAUUAAAUUUGCUACUUUGUAGAAGUUAUGGCCUUACAAAACGAUUUUCGGAAUAAUUACAUCCCUCACCUUGAC